AUUUCGACUCUAUCGAAAAUUAGAUAGUUCGUGGCUGAAGUGGGAUGCUGAGAGAUGAAAACCGUACAAUCUGCCUUAAUUUUAGGCCUACUUAUCGGAUCCAUAAAGUCACAUGUAAUUGAACUUGAUCAAAGCUUUUUAGAGAAAAGGAAUGAGGGAAUGUGGUUAGUUGAGUUUUAUGCCCCAUGGUGUGGUCACUGUAAGAAAUUAGAACCAAUCUAUCAACAAGUAGCCAGUACGCUGAGGAACCACCCCGUUAAUGUGGCCAAGCUGGACUGUACGCGCUUCUCAGCUGUAGCCUCAGCCUUCGAUGUGGCAGGAUUUCCUACCAUUAAAUUCAUUAAUGGAGACACGAUAUAUACACAUCGUGGUGAACGAUCCGAGGAAGAUAUACUGGAGUUUGUUAAAAAAGCUAGUGGGCCCCCUGUGAGAAGUAUGGCCAGUAUAGGAAAAUUUAAUGAGGGAAAACAAGAACACAAAGAUGGUGUCUUCUUUCUGUAUGUUGGGGAUGGGGACACAGAACAUGAUCUCUAUAAAGCAUACUCAAGUAUAGCAGAGAAAAUGGCAGCCCAGUCCUACUUUUAUGCUGGAACAGAGAAAACAUUAACAAAGGAUGUUGAGUUAACAAAAGUCCCAGCAGUCUUAGUUUUCAAGGAUCAGACUUGGUUUGAAUAUACAGAACCUGAUAGUUCCAUAUCAUCAUUGGAGCAAUGGAUAAAUGGAGAACGCUUCACAGCAUUUCCAAAGGUGUCAGGAGGAAAUAUAAAUGACAUGGCAGAGAGUGGAAAAACACUAGUUAUGAUUGUUAUUGAUCCAGAAGAUAGAGAGAAGUCUGAUUUUACACAAAGGGUCAAAGAUGUGGGUCAAACAAUGGCAGUGAAAUACAGAGAAAUAUUCCACAGGGAUUUCCAGUUCCUGUGGAUGACUGAUGUUGAGACAGUAAACAGCAUUACAAUGGCCUUCCUAGCGACUCCCGUCAUACUUGUACUGAACACAAAAACUCACUACUUCUACUUCCCAGACUUUGAUAUCAAAGACAUCACCAUUGAUAAAAUGUCGGACUUUCUGAAUAGAGUCAAAGAGGAGAAGAUUCAGCCCAUGGGAGGAACAGGAUUUUUACAAAGGCUGAAAAGGAUAUUUUAUGACAUAUUUACCACAGUUAUUAGUAUAUGGCAGGCCUCUCGGUGGCUGUUCCUGUUAAUGUUCGGCCUCCCCACGGCAGUGGUCAGUAUUGUUUGUUACAGUCUCUGCUGUAUGGAGGUGUCAGAUGAAGCUCCAGAGGAAGAUAGCGAUUACGAAGAUGAGGGAGAAGAUCUUCCUCCCAAAGAUAUAGGUCAAGAUACAGAAAAUCUGCAGCCAGCAAAACCCUUUCAUGAAAAAGCAGAUUGAUGUUUAGGAGGGAAAUUCAUGACAUUCCAGAAUGAGAAAUAUUGUGGGUGGCAAACACCUUUAAUCUGAAAGCUUUUCCCAGUGAUUAAAAUGUAGGUUGCUAGUGCUGUUUAU